GUAGAUCUGACUGAUAAGAUGAAGGCUUUGCUUUGAUUGUUUCGUUAAAUUAUCCUUCCGUUAUUGCUGUCACAACUCACUGUUGAUGUGCCUGAGUGAUUAUCUGUUAUGAUGCACAUACAGUGAAAACGUAUCUGGCUGAGCUUAUUUGCACAUUCCAUCGUGCAGUUUGGUGUCAAACUGACAGUUGAAAAGUAUUGUGCGAACGACGAGUCUCAGAAGAAAAUACAAACUGUUGGAAAUUUAUCUAUUCACCCGUUCGUCAUAUAUUAUUUUGCCGCCGAGAUGUUCGAUAGUCUGAUUGACAACCUCAACGCUGACAAAUGGUUAGAGACGGACAUGGCUGCGAAAAACGACGAAUGGAAGGAAUACCAUGUAAUGCGUCAUCACCGUUUUGUGGACAACACGACACUCGUUGUCAUGGUAGCGCCGGAAGAUGGGGAGGCUAGAAAUGUCGAGGUCAAGGACUGUCAGGCAAACAAAGAUCCCUUAAAAGAGAUUGGCUCGAUCGAACUAUUGCUCAACGCGGAGGAAACUGAGGUCAUCGGCAUUGACCUGAACGGGGAUGUUGUUAUCCGAAAGUAGAUACAACGAUAAUUACUUGUUCACGUUCUUUAAGACUGGAUGUGAUGUAUGUCACCAUCUUGUGAGACAGACCGAGUGUCAGUGUGAACAUUUGUGAAGAAUGCAGAAUGUUUUUAUUGAUCGCACAUUACUAUUAUACUCACACCAUCACCUUUCAAAGUCAUUCCCAUGAUUACGUUUUUGCCGAUCAGACAUAUCUACGUGUCUGAUGUCAGCCCUUGGAAACAGCUUCAGCAGAUCAUUGAUCAUUGAUAUGUGUUUCAAAAUUAUUUUAUAUGUAUAUAAGUGUGUAUUUGACUUUUUAAGGUACUCGAUGUACAAUUGAGCAUAUCUUUCAAUUUUGACGCCUUGCGAACCCAUGUAACUUUGGUAUGAUUUGUAUUUGGAUUUGGUUACUUAGUACUACUAUGUAAAUAAAUGACCGACAGUACAUUAUACAUACACUUAACGCAUUUGUUUUUGUUCUUUAUUUCAGCUAGAGUGAAACGUGAACUGACAGUUUUUUAAUCUUUCAAAACCGUGUUUCUAAUAUUUGUAUCAUAAUGAUAUUUACAUUCAAUUGGGGUGACCGGGAAUCAGCAGUUCAAAUUAUUGUGUAUAUGAUGCGUUAAUAUUUACUCUGAAACGUAAUUUGUGUGUCAAUGUACAUCGAAAUAGCUGUUUGCAUACCGGAAAGCGUUUGUCCAAU